AUGGAAAGUGAGAACAGAUCCAGGCUUCCAGUGACGACAGCCUCAUUAUGCGUUUAUAAGAGCGCCUGUCUGAUCUCCUCACUGUCUUGUUGGAGGAGAUUCAGCCAGACAACACAUCGGAAGUUAACGGAUAGUGGCUCUGGAUCUGUAAUCUGGAGCUGUCACUUAACAUGAAAGUGUCCCAAUGGAACUAAACUCAUCGAACCUCCUCUGCAACGACACAGUUGCCUGGAUAUGGCUGUCUUCUCUCCAGCCUCCCUUUUUGGCUCUUAUCAGUAUCCUGGGAGUGGUGGGCAACAGUCUGGUCCUCUGCGUGUUCUGCCUCCAGCGGAAGUCGUGCAGCGUAGCUGAUGUGUAUCUGGGCAACCUGGCAGCUGCAGACCUCGUAAUGGUCCUCUGUUUGCCCUUCUGGGCAGUCACCAUCGCCCAAGAAUAUCACUGGGACUUUGGUCAACUGCUCUGCAAGGUGGUCAACACCGCCAUCUCGAUGAACUACUACUGCAGCGUGCUCUUCCUAGUGCUGGUCAGCGUUGACCGCUACCUCGCCUUGGUCAAACCCAUGAAUCCUAGCAGGCUGAGAUGCCCCAAAUGGGCCAAGCGUAUCUGUGCGAUGAUUUGGGCGGUUGGAUUCACCCUCAGCCUCCCAGCCUUGCUUUUCCGAAGAGUAAAUUUCGUUCCAUUCUUAGGGGUGGAAGCUUGCUACCUAGCGUACCCUCAUCCGGCCUGGGUGCUCCAACGGAACUUUACGACCAACUUGAUUGGAUUCCUGGUUCCCCUGCCGAUCAUUUCGCUUUGCACCUUUCACAUAGUCAAGGCACUUAAAAAUCGCGGCCUGGUGAUUCAACCGAGGGUGCGGACGGAGAGGAAGGCCGCUCAGCUGGUUCUGAUAGUCCUAGUGGUAUUUUUCCUGUGCUGGACUCCCUUUCAACUGGUGCGGUUCCUAAACACUCUCGACUACUUUCAGCUCCUUCCUGGGUGCCUCUGGGAGGACAUAUUGCAAAUAGGCAACCAGCUGGCUUCUUAUAUAGGGUAUAGCAAUAGCUCAAUAAACCCUUUCUUGUACGUUAUCGUAGGGAGUCACUUCCGAAAGAGAGCUCGAGGAGUUUUUGGGAGACUUUUGCAUCCUGGAUGGAAGAGCAAGUCAUCCGUGCUCACAAACAUUACUGUUAUCAGCAAGUGCGGUGACAGUCCCAAAGACAACAGAAUAACACCGCUGGCACUGAGAGCUGUGCCCUCACACCUCAUAUAGUGUGUAGGUCACUAAAGAUACAAAGAAGCUCAAAUGGAGGAGUGGGAAAGAAACAUCAAUGUCAAGGUUCGAUUCCCAGGAGAAAAAUAUAUACCUCUGAUUUGUUUGAUUGUGCAAUCUCAUUUACCUUUCCUCACAUCCAUUUUUUCCGACUUAGUUGAGGUGUGGAGAGAAUGACAUGUGAGGAUGGUGGAAUAUUCAAGUGUCACGUCAACUAUGAUUUUGCACUGAAAUACCUUGAAAAAUAUGACGUGUUUGGUUUUAAUAUUAUUAGUAUCUGAAAGAGUGUAUUUUAUUGUUAAUCAUGUAUUGUUCCUUACAGUAACAUUUUAUGUUCACUAAAUGGAAUGUAAUAACCACAAACCUUUAUUUAUUGUUUUUUUUUAAAGAAAACCAAGCAGUAUAUGCAAAGCCAAAGCUGCAUUUGAAUAUAUAAUGUAUAAAUUCAAUGUAUAUUCAUAAUAUCACUGUAUUUGUGUUAUAUUAAUAAAAAAGAUUAAAAUACGGAAUUUUAAUACGGUAAUAAAACAUUGUACUGCUUUAAUACUUUGCUGUUAUGUUGAUGUA